AUGCCAAAUUCAGAAAUACAGAGAGAUGUAGAAGAAGAAGACGGAGACAAGAGGAAAACGGAAUCUCUAGAAAGCAAGGGAAAGGAGCGCUCACCUAAAGCAUUCGUAACAUUUACCUCUGGUUUUCUUAUAAUUUUGUCGCUUGUGAAGAGUUGUCGGAGCACUUCCGGCAAGGUUAGGAAAAUAUUUAGGAUCGGAGGUGGAUCUUGGACUCAAACGAGACUGAAGAUGAGUUUACGAGGAGGAGACGAAUCCGACGGUUUGAAGGAUGAGGUUGGAGCGAUGUCGUGUGAUAGUCGGAUUUGUCAUAGUGACAGUGUUAUGGUGAAUCUGAUCGGAGAAGAAUCAUCGUUGCGCUCGAGGGAUGAAGGAGUUUGUACAGGUGUGGCUGAGAUCGAAGGAACGAUAGUGUUUUUGGUCAUUGAAGAAGAUGAAGGUGUCAUUCGCAGCGGUGGUUUGAGAGGAUGA